CUCCUCCUCCACGGCCUCCCCCCUCCCUUCUCCGCUCGGGCCGCUCUGCUCCCAGAGUCCUUUGCAGCCGUGUGGAGCGAGGCCUUGUUCCCGCGUUGAGUCUCUGUCGCCGCCUGCUUAGCCCGGGCCCAGCACAUCGUCUCAACCCCCGACCCCCAGCCCGCUGCCAUGGCGGAUUACAACACUGGGGGGCCCCCACCGGGGCCUCCACCGCCCUCGGGAGGAGGAGCCGGGGCCGGAGGAGCCGGGGGGGGCCCGCCGCCGCCGGGCCCGCCGAGCGGCGGGGACCGGGGCGGCGGGGGAGGGGGACCGGCCCCGCCGCCCGGUGCGGGGGGCCCGGGAAUCCGCAAGGACGCUUUCGCCGACGCCGUGCAACGCGCCCGGCAGAUAGCAGCUAAGAUUGGCGGCGACACAACCACAACGGUGAAUAACAGCACUCCAGACUUUGGGUUUGGAGGCCAAAAGAGGCAGCUGGAAGAUGGAGACCAACCAGAGAGUAAGAAGCUGGCGUCCCAAGGCGAUCCGCUCAGUUCUCAGCUUGGACCCAUUCACCCUCCACCCAGGUCUUCCAUGACAGAAGAGUACAGGGUCCCUGACGGCAUGGUUGGCUUAAUUAUUGGCAGAGGAGGUGAACAGAUCAACAAAAUCCAGCAAGAUUCUGGCUGCAAAGUACAGAUCUCCCCAGACAGCGGUGGCUUACCCGAGCGCAGUGUGUCACUGACUGGCGCCCCGGAAUCUGUGCAAAAGGCAAAAAUGAUGCUGGAUGACAUAGUGUCCCGGGGGCGCGGUGGCCCUCCCGGCCAGUUUCACGACAAUGCCAACGGGGGCCAGAACGGCACGGUGCAGGAGAUCAUGAUCCCGGCAGGGAAAGCGGGCCUGGUGAUUGGCAAAGGCGGGGAAACCAUUAAGCAACUGCAGGAGCGAGCUGGAGUAAAAAUGAUUUUAAUUCAAGAUGGUUCCCAAAACACAAAUGUGGACAAGCCUCUCCGGAUCAUCGGGGAUCAUUACAAAGUGCAGCAAGCCUGCGAGAUGGUGAUGGACAUCCUCCGGGAACGAGACCAGGGAGGCUUCGGGGAGCGGAACGAGUACGGAUCCAGGAUCGGCGGUGGCAUCGACGUCCCCGUGCCCAGGCAUUCCGUCGGAGUGGUGAUUGGGCGGAGUGGAGAGAUGAUCAAGAAGAUCCAGAAUGACGCCGGGGUGCGGAUACAAUUCAAGCAAGAUGACGGAACGGGUCCCGAAAAGAUUGCCCACAUCAUGGGGCCCCCAGACCGCUGUGAGCACGCUGCCCGAAUCAUCAAUGAUCUCCUCCAGAGCCUGCGGAGUGGCCCCCCCGGCCCUCCAGGGGGUCCCGGCAUGCCCCCAGGUGGUAGGGGCAGGGGGCGAGGCCAGGGGAACUGGGGGCCUCCCGGAGGCGAGAUGACUUUCUCCAUCCCCACUCACAAGUGCGGGCUGGUCAUUGGCCGAGGUGGCGAGAACGUGAAAGCCAUAAACCAGCAGACGGGCGCUUUUGUGGAGAUCUCCCGGCAGCUGCCACCCAAUGGGGACCCCAACUUCAAGCUGUUCAUCAUCCGGGGCUCCCCGCAACAGAUCGAUCACGCCAAGCAGCUCAUCGAGGAGAAGAUCGAGGGGCCUCUGUGCCCAGUUGGCCCGGGCCCAGGAGGGCCGGGUCCUGCUGGCCCAAUGGGGCCUUUCAACCCAGGACCGUUCAACCAAGGGCCGCCUGGAGCCCCGCCUCAUGCUGGGGGACCUCCACCCCACCAGUAUCCACCACAGGGCUGGGGCAACACCUACCCGCAGUGGCAGCCCCCGGCACCUCAUGACCCAAGCAAGGCGGCGGCUGCAGCCGCCGACCCCAAUGCAGCCUGGGCCGCCUACUACUCACACUACUACCAGCAGCCCCCCGGCCCCGUCCCGGGCCCGGCGCCGGCCCCCACGGCUCCCCCGGCCCAGGGGGAGCCCCCUCAGCCACCACCUGCCGGACAGUCGGACUACACUAAGGCUUGGGAAGAGUAUUACAAAAAGAUCGGCCAGCAGCCCCAGCAGCCCGGCGCUCCUCCUCAGCAGGACUACACGAAAGCCUGGGAGGAGUAUUACAAGAAGCAAGCGCAAGUGGCCACUGGCGGAGGCCCCGGCGCGCCCCCCGGCUCCCAGCCAGACUACAGCGCCGCGUGGGCUGAAUAUUACAGACAGCAAGCCGCCUACUACGGACAGACCCCCGGUCCCGGUGGCCCCCAGCCACCACCCACACAGCAGGGACAGCAGGCAAGUGGGAAUUGCCACCCUCCUCCUCCUCCUUUUUCCUUCCAACCCCCGGCCACCGUCCAUCCUGCCUUAGUGGGUGGCGCCGGCAACCCCUUCCCCUGCGGGGUGUGCCCUUGAUGCCGGCGGCAGCAGCGGCGGCAGCAGCAGCAGCAGGGGCCGUGGGGCCGGAGGUCCGCGGGCGUCCCCGCGUCAAGGGGGACGGUGUGUGCGCUGGGUCCAGAGGUUAAUGGAAGAGGCCUCCCGCCGCCAGCCUGCUUGUUCCUGUGUAACGCUGUCGUCAUGUUGGGGGAGAGCACCGAAAGGUGGAACUUUUGAACUGGUGGGUGGGUGGUCCUGGGGGAGGCAAGGAGUUGAAUGAAUUGGUUGCUCUCCUGGCCACUAACUCCCUCACUCCCUCUUUCUCUUUCAUGCGCUCUCUCUCUCUCUUUCUCUCUCCCUACAUCUGGCCAC